CCCUACGAAGACUCGACAUGACAACUGAAGCGGACUUGAAGAGCGAAAUUGCUCGACUAACGGCGACGAUAAAUCAGCAUAAAACGACAAAUACUACCUAUAGUGGAGGAUACGGAGGAUACCCUGGACGAGGACGAGGUGGAGGCUACAGGGGUGGCUAUUAUUCCUCCUAUGGAGGAUAUAAUAGUUAUCCAGCGGCAGGCCGUGGAGGCACCCCUAGGUUUGCCAACAACAAGUACGUUCGUCCGGGCCUCCAGACAUCGACAUCGACCACGACAGUACCUACGACAUCGGCUUCAGCAACAGCUUCAACAAGCAAGACAUCAGUACCAUCUUCAUCGACAUUUGACUUCAAGAGUGGAUCUACAUCAGCAUCUUCGACUUCGACUCAACCAUCGACAAGUUCUACAGUCAGUGCAGCAGGGACAAAGGAUGUUGUUAUUGGAGGAGUGGCAUUUGAGAGUUCUGCCCGCUCGCUCGUGAGGAAGGACUCAGGAAAGCCACCUUCCGCUGCACCCUUUCCUUAUGUUCGCAAGUCUGGACAUUUAGUAGCACCCAGUCGGUCGUACAAGCCCAAAAUGCGGCGUGGUCGCAACCUAACACUCGACAACACACGCAAGUCUUGGAGAGAAAAUAAGAAGCGAAAAUACCUCAACAAGCCAUGUCCUCGGUUCACAACCACAGGUGCUUGCAAUCGUGGCCUCACUUGCAUGUACCAGCACGACCCAUCCAAGAUUGCUAUCUGCUGGAACUUCUUGCAAGAUAACUGUCCAAACACGGCGGAAACAUGUCAGCUGUCUCAUGAUCCGACACCCGAACGGACACCUCUCUGCGUUCACUUCCUAAAUAAAGGGCGUUGCACACGCGGAGGAUGCCCAUUCCCGCAUGUGAACGUUGGUAAACGUGAAGGGAUCUGUAGGGACUUUGCGGUCUUGGGAUACUGUGAAAAGGGUCUCGAUUGCGAUAAGCAGCAUAUCCGGGAGUGCCCCGACUUUGCUGAGAACGGCACGUGUAGCACGAAAGGGUGCAAGUUACCCCAUGUUAUACGAGCCAAUAGAGGACGCAAAGCGGCGACGGCACCAACGGCUGCUGUUAUCUCGGACAAGGCUAUGGAUGUUGAUGCGCCGGCAGCCAAGGAUACUGACCCUGAUUCCAGCGUGAAGGACGCGCCUAUAAUCUAUGCGGAGGACGGCAAGCUUGGGGACGAGUAUAUUUCUCUAACCUUCCAUGAGAGCGAAGAAGAAGAAGAAUCAGACGAGGAAGAGGAGGAAAGCGAAGAAUCAGAUGAAGAGGAAGAAGAGGGCGAGUCCGAAGGCUCCGACGCCAAAGAUAGUGAAUCUGAGUAG